AUGAGAAAAGAAGCCACGACGCUGGUGAUCGGAGGUCUUACUCGCCCCCAGAUCUGGCGAUUUAGGCCUUUGGAAACCAUCAUUGGCUUUCCUCUCAUCUCUGGUUCGAAUCUCUUAUCGGUGUCAAACCGAAUAUCUGUUUACCUCCGCAUCUCAAAUCUUCACCAUCUGUCGAUUGCAGUCAUUGUUCCACUUCUCCUUACUGCCAUCGACGUCUCUAGCUUGCGUUUUGUCUCGGACUUCACACCCGAAGAAAUAACGAAGACAAAGCUUAAUCUCUACUCUGCCGCCGCGUGUUCCUACGCUACAAUCACACAUCUCAGUGCGCGGCAGUUUCAUUAG